CUCCUCUCUGUUGUCUCUACAGUUCUAUGUGCUGAAAGAGUGGGCCAGAUGACUAAGACAUACAGUGACAUAGAUGCUGUUACUCGUCUGCUUGAAGAGAAAGAACGGGACUUGGAGCUCGCCGCCCGCAUCGGCCAGUCACUGCUGAAGAAGAACAAAACCCUCAGUGAGAGAAAUGAAUUCCUGGAGGAGCAAGUGGAGCACAUUCGAGAGGAGGUUUCUCAGCUGCGCCAUGAUCUGUCUAUGAAAGAUGAGCUUCUCCAGUUCUACACUAGUGCAGCAGAGGAGAGUGAAGGAGAUUCGUCCAGCUGUACCCCCAUCCGCCACAAUGACUCCACACUGUCGGUGCCAAGUUACUUCCCCCUGGACUCCCUGCAGAAGAAACUCAAAGACCUGGAGGCAGAGAACAUCUCUCUUAGAUCAGAGGCCAGUCACCUGGAGACGGAGACAGAGGAGUACGAGGAGAAGGAGCAGCAGCUGGUCAACGACGUCGUCAAAGAGCUGAGAGAUGCCAACCACCAGAUGUCCACCCUGGCGGAGGAGCUGGCGAGGAAGACGGACGACGCGUCUCGCCAGCAGGAGGAGAUCACACACCUCCUGUCCCAGAUCGUAGACCUGCAGAAGAAGUCCAAGUCUGUGAGUGGCCAGGCCAGUAAUGACCCAGACUGCCUGCCACAGUCCAGGCCAAUGGACACGUUCCAGUAUGCAGUGGAAAACCAAGAGCUCAUCCAGCAUCUAGGAGCUGCCAAAGAUGCCCAGCGCCAGCUCACUGCUGAGCUGAGGGAGUUGGAGGAUAAGUAUGCAGAGUGUAUGGAGAUGCUCCAUGAGGCCCAGGAAGAGCUGAAGAACCUCCGGAAUAAAUCACUGCCUCUCAGUACACCCCGACGCUUCCACUCCCUGGGCCUGUUCCCUAUGGACUCUCUAGCUGCUGAGAUUGAGGGCACCAUGAGGAAGGGGCUGGCUAUGGAUGACCCGGAAGUGGAAGAGCAGAAGUUGCACCCCAAGCGUGUGUUUGAGACUGUGAAAAACGUUAACCUGAUGCGUCAGCGCUCCUCUCUGGCCCCGUCUCCCAUGAACAUCCCCGGCUCCAACCGGUCGUCCUGUCUGAACUCUGGCCGCUCCAGCUGCCUGUCCACGCCCCGCUCCAGCCUGUACGGAGGGGAUAUGGGGAGCAUCCUCAUAGACAACCACACCAACAGCUUCAUACUGGAGACUCCUGACCACAGUGAGGAUGACUCCAACAAGAAACCAGGGACCCCUGGAACGCCGGGCUCUCAGGAUCUGGAAGCAGCCCUGCGACGUCUCUCCCUGCGGCGGGACAACUACCUGAGCGAGCGGCGCUUCUUCGAGGAGGAGAGGGAUCGGAAGCUCCAGGGGCUGGUGGAGAAGGGAGAGGUGUACAACGGCAGUAUGACCCCCACAGAGAGCAUCAUGUCCCUGGGAGGGACCCACCCCUCUUCCAUCUGGUCUGGGUACUCCUUCUGCUCCCGCUCCUACCUGCCGGAGAAGCUGCAGAUCGUCAAGCCACUGGAAGGCUCAGCCACCCUGCACCAGUGGCAGCAGCUGGCCCAGCCCAACCUGGGUGGGAUCCUGGACACGCGGCCUGGUGUGGUCACUAAGGGCUUCCGUCCUCUGGAACUAGACCUGGAGCACAUGUACCUGUUCACUGACUUUGAGGAGGAGGACUUUGAGGUCGUGGAGGAGUCUGACCACCUGUCUGUCCACAGCCUCUCUGCCUCAGGCUCUACCCCCGUCUGUAGUGGCAUCUCCAUCCUCAGCCGGCAGGGCCUCCGUACCCGGUCCUCCUCCUGCUCCUCCUCCUGCAGCGGCAGAGGCAUCAACAACAACCUUCCAGAGGGAGGGGUUGGGGGUGAUGGAGAAGCCAGGGAAGAGGGCGAGACAUUAGGCCCAGGCAGCACAUCACUGUCGUCCCCCGCACCUCCACACAGAGAGAACCAGGAGAACCAGGAUCAGGCUGCAGCCGCUGACGGGGUGUCCGCCCACUACCCUGGUAAAUGCAUGUCCAACACCAGCUCCACCUAUACCUUCACCACCUGUCGGAUCAUGCACCCUUCAGACGAGCUGACCAGAGUCACCCCCAGCCUUAUGUCGGGCCCUACUGCCUCCUGCGUCAUGACCAGCAGCAGCAGCGUCAGAUCUACCCCCUGCUCAACCCCUUGCACCCCGCGCCGCCUCAGCCUGGCAGCCGAGUCCUUCACCAACCUGAGAGACUCCACCAAGACCAUGAGCACUAGUGGAGGUCUGGUGCGGCUCCUCCAGGAGCGAGGCAUCUCUGCAGCAGUCUACAACCCUCAGAGCUGGGACCGAGCAGACUGUAGCACCUCUAUCACCACUGGAGGGGUACCGUCGCUUCUACCGCCGCGGCCCCCCGACACCCUACCCUCCACGCCGCCAAACUCCCCAACCCACCGCUCCCUCUGCGCCAAACCCAGCAGCCCCGUGGGCCCCUUCGAACUCAGUCCCAGCGCCCCGCCCUAUGACAACUUCCUGGCGUCGAAGCCGGCCAGCUCCAUCCUGAAGGAGGUGAGGGCAGAGGCCCAGAGCAGUGAGUCAGCAGACAGCGAUUGUCAGACUGACGUCAGCGUCCACAAUCUGAAGCUGGUGGACAAGCUGAAGCGCUUCAGCGUGGCUGGGGCCGGCCCCUCUUUAUCAGGGGCCACGGGGCCCACCAUGCUGGGGCCCCUCAGCGGCCUCCACCGCCCUUCCCACUUCUGCCCUUCUGUGGUGACCAGUCCCAUAGGGGGCCUCGGCCCCGCUCUGAACGCAGGCAUCCGCCGUAACCGCAGCUACCCGGCCAUGGUAGGGGCCGGCAUGGCUAUGAAGGGCCCGGGGCCCCACAGCCCCACAGACAUGCUCCUGGCUUCUUCCUCCAAGCUCCUCAGACAGACUAGUCUCACUGAUGGGUGAAGGAAUGUUGACUUUUCUCUUCUGUCUGUCACCUGUCAGAUGGGUUGGAUGUAUAUAUAGCUGCUGUAUGAGUCCCCGGUCUGUGACAAAUCAACUCUGUGCCUGAAAGAGAUGCCCUUUCUUUUUACAGUGCAUUUUGUAUCAAUGCUAAUUAUUUUGUCUUCCUUUAUCUUUCUGUCUCUCUCUCCUCUCCUGUCCUCUCUUUCUCUGUUCUGUCUCUCUCUCUCUCCUCUCCUGUCCUCUCUUUCUCUAUUCUGUCUC